GCUUUUCUUUCUCCACCAUUGAUCAUUUUGAUUAAGAUUGCAGAUGGAUGGUUUGACCCGGACAGAUGAACUGGUUUUUGUCUUGGCGGCAACAAAUCUUCCCUGGGAAUUGGAUGCAGCCAUGCUACGACGUCUUGAGAAGCGUAUCCUUGUACCACUUCCAGAACCAGUAGCGAGGAGAGCAAUGUUUGAGGAACUCCUUCCUGUGCAGCCUGACGAGGAACCGAUCCCCUAUGAUUUGCUUGUGGAUCAGACAGAAGGAUUUUCUGGGUCAGAUAUCCGAUUACUCUGUAAAGAAACAGCAAUGCAGCCCUUGAGACGCUUGAUGUCACAACUUGAGCAGAGACAGGAGGAGGUGGUUCCUGAAGAUGAGUUGCCAAAAAUUGGGCCAAUCAGAUCUGAAGAUAUAGAAAUUGCAUUAAGAAACACAAGACCAUCAGCUCAUCUCCAUGCCCACAAAUACGACAAGUUCAAUGCUGAUUAUGGUAGUCAAAUACUACAAUGAAAAGUUUUAAUUGUUAUUGUUAGGUCGUCCACAAAUUUGAUUGUCAUAAAAUUAGUGUCGUAAGUCUAGUAAACGUCAAACAUUAUUUUGGUACAAGUUAAACGUUUGCAACUUUUCCAUUCGUUUUUCUACAUUCUUAGUAUCAACUAUUCUUACACAUAUUUAA